CCUCUUAAGGCGACGUCGGAUCUUUAAAUCGGUAGCGGUAAACAGUCAACAAAGAUGAGGGGUGUUGAUUGAGCUCUCGGUCGCGGCUGUCACAUCCAAGGGACGCAGUAGGGGAUGCUGACGCACACGGGGUCAGACAUGGAGAUGUUGCUGCUGCUGGUCGUCGUCGUUAUUCCAGCAUUGGUCACGUGUCAAACAUGGAACCAGGCCACUCUCAACAGUUUCAGCCAGCAUCUGAUUAUCAGCUGGAAGGUCAAGGACAACACCCAGAAUGAACUCUCGACACAAGUCGAGGUGACCUUGACCAACGACGGGUCAAAACCGCUGACCAAAGAAGGCCAAUGGGGAUUAUACUUCGACUGCAUCUACAUGAUAGAACCAGAACACCUGCCACACCCAAAUGGGUAUGUUCUACCCGGUCAAGGAAUCGUUGUCACCCAUCUCACAGGUACCCAUUUCAAGAUGGAGCCAACGGAGGACUUCCUAGAUCUACCCCAUAUGAAAAGUAGAAAGAUCAAGUUCAAAAUGCAGUACUGGUCAGUGGCCAAAACGGACAUCAUGCCUAACUGGUACAUCAUAGCGCCUCUUCUCGAACCAAAGGUGCUUCAGAGCACGGCUGGGAAUUCGCUGGACUUUGUUGAAAGUUACGUAAACGUGGAACAGUUUAAGCGGUAUGACUACGACGUGUAUUCUCCUUACAUCGCUCAAGUGAGGUACGCGAGGAACAGAGUUGAGGAUAUUUUUGAGGAUGAUGAAAUCCGAAUAGUGCCACGCCCCCAUCUGAUGAAGGUCGACAGAGAGGUCAACAUGACGUUCGACACAUCCACAUGGAAGAUACUCGCACCGGAUACACUCCACGAAGAGGCUGCAUACUUGAGAGAAAAAGCCAACAUAGAGAUCGGUGCUCCGACAGCUGAGUAUGAGGUUAUCCGUCUUCUUAUCGAAGAUGUCCAGAUCACUGGUGACGUCAUCGCUCAUAGCCCGGAUGCUUACAGCCUCGAUGUGGACACAGCCAAUCAGAUCAUCAUUAUCAAGGGCAACAGCCAAUCGGGGGUCUUCUACGGCGUUCAAACGCUGCUGAAUCUGAUUGAAAACAAUGGCGGCAUCUUGUACGACACGUUCAUCAAGGACGCUCCCCGGUUUGAGUAUAGAGGCAUGCAUCUAGACGUCGCCAGAAACUUUCACUCCAAGGAAGACGUGAUUAAACUCCUCGAUCUCAUGUCCAUGUACAAACUAAACAAGUUCCAUUUCCAUCUCACCGACGAUGAGGGGUGGAGACUGGAGAUUCCGACACUUCCCGAGCUCACCCAGAUCGGUGCCCGACGUUGCUACGACAUGGAUGAGACAAAAUGUCUGCUCCCUCAGAUCGGAUCGGGGCCUACGUUUACUGCUCCCGGUUCUGGCUUUUACAACACGCGGGAUUACCGCGAUAUAUUGAAAGAAGCCAAACGCCGCCAUAUUGAAGUGAUCCCCGAGUUCGACAUGCCUGGCCACUCUAGAGCCGCGAUCAAGGCAAUGGAAAUCCGGUAUAUAAAAUACGCACGGACGAACAUAGAUGAAGCUUUAAAGUUUAAGCUGGUUGAAGAAAAUGACCCCUCGAAAUACCUCUCAACUCAGAUGUUUUCGGAUAAUGCCAUGAACCCCUGUCUAAACUCGACGUACGCUUUUAUCGAACAUGUGAUGGAUCAAGUCCUUAUCCUUCAUCAAGAGAUACAGCCUUUAAGAAUUUUUAACUUUGGCGGCGAUGAAGUCGCAAAGGGAGCGUGGAUCAACUCUACGUCGUGUCAGACGAUGUCAAAUACAAUAAAAGUCUCAACAUCGAAGCUGAAAGAGUAUUUCUUUACGCGGGUCGCGGAACUAACUGCAUCCAAGAAUCUGAACCUUGCCGCUUGGGAGGAUGGACUGAUGCAUGGCGGGAGCGCUGUAUACGACCGUGACCUUGCUCCAAAUUCUGACGUCUACGCCUAUACGUGGGACAAUGUGUGGGAGUGGGGGAGCGCAGGUCGGGCGUAUAACCUGUCCAACCAUCACUACAAGGUUGUCAUGUCCCAAGCAACCCACCUGUACUUUGACCACCCGUAUGAACCCGACCCAAAGGAGAAGGGGUAUUACUGGGCUACCCGUUUCACAGAUACACAGAAGACAUUUGGAUUUAUGCCGGAAAAUAUUUACGAAAAUAUUGACACAGCACGCAGCGGUCAGCCCUUGACCAGAGAAAAUGUCUGCGGUGAUCAUAGUCAGAAUUGCCCCCCUUUGAAGAGUCGAGAAAACAUUGCAGGAAUUCAAGGUCAGCUAUGGAGCGAGACAGUCCGAACGUCUGAGGACAUCGAUUACCGACUCUUCCCCCGGAUGUUGUCUCUGGCUGAGAGGGCGUGGCAUAGGGCAUCAUGGGAAAAAAUGUCCGACAAGGAAGCACGUGACCGGGAUAUGAAAGCUGAUUGGGAGUCAUUUGCUCGUGCCGUUGGUCGUCGAGAGCUGCACCGUCUAGACAGUCUCGGGGUGAAGUACAGAAUUCCUCCACCGGGUGGCAGGAUCGAAGACGGCAUACUGAAAACAACGUCCUCAUUUCCUGGCCUCACGGUGCAGUACAGCCAAGAUGGCGGACACACAUGGUACUUGUCCACAGAUGACGUCAUCAUCAGCAGCGCCGACCCUAUCCUCUUGCGAACAAGAUCUGCAGACCUGACAAGAAGUAGCCGGGUCGUCACUCUCCACCCAACACCGCCAGUGCCAGUCGUGAAUCAACCAAUCGUCGAUAACAUUGCCCGGAGCCUCGUUCUGAAAUACGCCGUUCUCGAUAACUUCAAAAAUGGCGCCCGGUCCUUCAUUGCCCAAAUCUCGUUAACCAACAAAGGAGCUAACGAGAUUCAAGCGGGAAACUGGGGCCUAUAUUUCUGCAGUAUCUACAAGAUAGAACCCGACUACCCGAACGGGUACGUGCUGGACGCUCUCAAAGUCAAAUUCACCCACAUAGAUGGCUGUUUGUUUAAAAUGGAAUCCGUUCACGGGUUCGAGCCCAUCGCGCCAGGUGAACAGCGGAAACUGAAGAUCACCAUCCAGAACUGGUCCGUGUCCCGUACCGACGUCAUGCCGAACUGGUACAUUUGGGCGGAGGGGAUGAAACCUCGAAUUAUAUCCUCCACCACCGGAGAAGGGUUAACGUUUGUGGCGCCUUUCGACAGUCCUAACAAAUGGAAGCGGUACAAUGCGGAUACCAUCAAGGAUUACUACAACCCGUAUACUCCAGCAUCAAGAUUCCGAAGAAAUGAAAACGUCCAUGACCUUGGGACGGCGCCUCUUCCCGUCAUCCCCACACCGGUUUCCAUAGAGACGGGAAAGAGUGGCACCGUUUCCUUGACAACUUGUUGCUGGGUUAUCGUCAGCCAUCCCAUGUUCAUGAACCAAGCCGAUUACCUCAGACAGAACAUGAUAGAUUUUGGCAUGGAAGAGCCGAAGAUGGCGGAUGAGAAACCCCCGAAACAGUAUAUCUUCAUCAACUUUGCCGAUGGCGGUGUCUCGGUCAAGGGCAACGUGUCUUCUUCCCCAGACGCUUAUACAUUAACUGUUGAUCCUGAAACCGAAUCCAUGGAGGUCACGGCCGUAGCGACAUCCGGGGCAUUUUACGGCAUUCAAACCAUCCUCAGCCUCGCUUUGAAGCACAAAGUGAAAGGAACGAUACCUGGAAUGACUGUGGCGGACGAGCCUCGUUUUGGGUUUCGGGGCAUGCAUUUAGACGUUGCACGGAAUUUCCAUUCUCUUGAUUCCGUUCUGACGCUUCUCGACGUCAUGGCGAUGUACAAGCUUAACAGGUUCCACCUUCAUCUCACUGACGACGAGGGAUGGAGGCUGGAGAUACCUGGCCUCGAAGAACUCACUCAGGUUGGUGGCAGGCGAUGCCACGAUCUAUCUCAGACCCAAUGUCUUUCUCCCCAACUCGGGUCAGGUCCCUUCUCAAACAAUUCUGGUUCCGGGUUCUACACCAAAACAGACUACCAGACAAUCCUCGGCUACGCAGCCGAACGUCAGAUCGAGGUCAUACCGGAAGUCGACAUGCCCGGACAUGCGCAUGCAGCUAUCAGAGCAAUGGAGGCAAGAAGACUGAAUUUUUUAAGCGAGGGUGAUUUUGAAAAUGCAGAUAUGUACAACCUCCGCGAUCCCUCAGACACUUCCAGAUAUUUCUCAACACAGAUGUUUACCGACGAUGCCAUCAAUCCCUGCAUCAACUCAACCUACACAUUCGCACUAUAUGUUAUGAGGGAGAUAGAAAAGAUGCACAGAGAUAUCAAUCCGCUGCGGACGUUUCACUUCGGCGGUGAUGAGGUCGCUGUAGGAGCAUGGGUUAAUUCCACCGCGUGUAACAGAUUAAAGCAGUUUUCUCCGAGGCUCAAGGAGUACAUGGUCCAAAGGAUGUCUCUCUUCACCUCUGACCUUGGCGUUAACCUUGGGUCGUGGGAGGAUGGAUUGACCGCCACCGGAAAUAAACCCUUUGACCUGAGUUUGCUUAUCAACAAGGCGGUGUACGCCAACGCUUGGGACAAUGUUUGGGAGUGGGGCACGGCCCCACGAGCCCAUAUGUUUGCUAAUUCAGGAUACAAGGUUGUCAUGUCCCAAGCAACCCACCUGUAUUUUGACCACCCGUACGAGCCAGACCCAGAAGAGAGAGGGUACUACUGGGCCACCCGAUAUACUGACACCAUGAAGACAUUUGGCUUCAUGCCAGACAAUCUCUACGCCAACAUUGACGUCCAGAGAAGCGGCAAGCCCAUCACAAGGGCAGAUGUCUGUGGAAACCACGACGAGAAGUGUCCAGCGCUGAACGCUCCGGAAAAUAUUGUAGGUAUGCAAGGUCACCUGUGGUCAGAGACAGUGCGGACAUCUGACGAGAUGUUCUACAUGGUCUUCCCCCGACUGCUGGCCCUAGCCGAGAGGGCGUGGCACAAGUCCUCGUGGGAGAACAUCGACGAUUCCAAGGAACGAGAAUCGGCCAAAAGUAUCGACUGGGAGAAAUUUGCCAAUUCCCUCGGGUACCAAGAUUUACUUCUCCUUGACAGGAUGGGCAUUCCUUACCGCAUACCUCCCCCCGGAGGCAGGGUGUUCAAAGAUGUGCUGAUUGCUUCAAGCCCGUUCCCUGGUCUAUCGAUUGAGGCGAGUUUUAAUGGCGGCAAAACAUGGACAGAGGUCACGAGAGAUGGGGUCAAGGUCAAAAACGGCCAGACGGUGACACUGACCACCAAAUCAGCUGAUAACACCAGACGGAGUCGUGCAGUAACAAUGAAGGUCACAGGAAUAACUGUCGUCGCUGCCGGAGCUCACAAACUGAUGACGUCAUGCGCAACUUAUAUUGUCACUCUUUUAGUUUCAAUUUUAUAUACGUAUACCAGACACUGACGAAAACGCUACCACCCUAACAGGCCUGGUCACAACGAUGUAUAUAUGAUAACAUCCGAAUAUACCCUCCGUGAUAAUCAUUUUAAUUUUCAUUCACGCAUAUCCCCUCAAAAACAUAAACUAAGGGGGGAAAGGUGUUUUUAUGAUUCUGAAACCAGAAAAGUCUUCUUAAAUAUGAUAUGUUCACUUAACCGUCAUUCAUUCCUUCAGGGUUGUAAAAUGUAAGUUUUAAAAGUUAAAAGUUUGUAAAAUGUAAGCUUUAAAGGGUAAAACUUUGUAAAAUGUAUGUAAGACCGAGGUAAGAGAUGAAUUUGUAUCCACAUAACAUCUGCCAUGUUUGAAAUGUAUAAAAUUUGUGCCAAGUUUGUUUUAUUGAUUUUACGACACACGAUAUCUAAGAUAUCUUUAACACUUAUGACUUAUGUGAACUUGAUUUAUUUUUUAAAGUUUUAAAUCCAAUUUUAUUUUUAACAUAGAAAUGUGUAAGAGAUUUCUUUGAGUGUUGAUUAAGCGCCAGUGAGGUUUAUUAUUUAUAUAUAAUUAUUUGGAUAUAAAACAUGGGGUCUACAGAUGUUUCGGUUGAAAAUCAAACAUAGGGUAACAUCUGAAUUAUUCAAUUAUAGCGUUAAGAAAGGAGAGCAUCAAUUGUUUGAUUGAAAAUUUUGCAAUAACUUGUUAGUCUUGAAAAGUCGGUUGAUGACAUCAAACUUGGAUUAAGAAUUUCAAUGGACCAAAAACAACAUAGCGAUCACAACGUGGGUUAGACAUAUCUUCAUCUUGCAUCACUUCUGGUUCCUUGUUCGUUUUUAUUUCCGAAAUUCAGUUUUUCAUACGUAAGUACACCAGUGUAAUGUCCGCGUAUAUGGGAUAUGCAGUUCUGUCUCAGAUAAGACAUAGCAUGAAAUGAUGUGGUUUUUAUGCAAUCGCUCUAUAUGUAUCUAUACCCGAAUACAUUUUGUCACUGUUUAAAGGGGGUGAUCCUUGCUCCUCUUAAAGCGGGCGUUCUUCGCACCUAAGACCGGGUUCGAUUUACCCCCUAAGUCACUACGUUUGAGGUUUAUUCCUGAUGUGCGCUGUCCUUUUGUGUAUCGAUAUGAGCAGUGUAAAAUUAUGCUCUGAGGUGUGUCCGAUUUGUCUGAGACGAUACGGGGCAGCGGAGUAGCCUAGUGGUUAAAGCGUUCGCUCGUUAAGACGAAGGCCCGGGUUCGAUUCCACACAUGGGUACAAUGUGUGAAUCCCAUUUUUAGUGUCCAGUGCUAUUGCACCGUGCUAUUGCAGGAUUAUUGCUAAAAGCUGCCUAAAAAUUACCCAUUCACUCACUCUGAUGACAAAUUCAAAUGGCCUGGCGGCUCACAUUGCCCCGUCUCUCUUUUGACCUACUGAUGACUUAGUCCCGUCAUGCUUAGAACCACCAAAGGGAACUAACUGUUCACAUGGAUAUAACAAAUAUAACGUUUGCUAUUGACAACCGCGUGCUGUACAGCAUGGGAAAACAUUGUCAGUUUGUUAUGAUGUAAAAUUAUACAAUGGUUUUGAAAAAAUACACAUAAAGAAAGGACUCUGUUACCACAUAACUUACAGUCCAGUACGCGCAUUCUCAUAAAUUUGGCGUAUGUGACAUCUGUCACGCUACAGGGACAGAUGGUUACAAAAUAUGGAACACGCUAUGACACGUUUUUUUCCAUUCAUGUCUCCUGUUUUCGUCAUAGGCUCCGCGUUCUGGUGUCGUUACGCCUUCCUUUGAAUGUUUUAUAAACGAUCCCAAGUGACAAUGAAAUGUUUUUUAUGUCAUCUAUGUACACAAAUGUUUAUGUCUUAUGUUUAUGUUUGUAAACAUUGCACGAUCUGUCACUGUCAACGUCAGUUGUCCUCUAAUUGCCCUGAGGUCAAGGUCGUCGUUUUGUGUUUAUGGAAGUGUGUGUAUCAAGUUUGUGCUUGAAUAUGGUAAAUCCUGUAUCUGUUUUUUUAUACUUUUAAUGCGAAUCUGGUGAAACGAAAUUCCACAAAUUUUGAAAAUGAAUUUACACUUACAUUACAAUAUGUCUGUUCUUGUCAAGCACUCUGUGUAUCUGUUUCUUUGAUUGUAAUUUUGUACUGUUCAAAGGGGUGAUCCUUGCGCUUAAAGCGUUCAUUCUUCGCACUAAAGACCAGGUUUGAUUUACCCACAUAGGCACUACGUUUGGACGUUAUUCUUGAUGUCCUGGCAUGGUUUUGUAGAUCUUUACAAGCGGCGUAAAAUUAUAUUCAGUGGUGUGGCCGAUGUGCCAAAGAAGCUACAGUUCUCUGUUGAUUUACCUCACUUUAUCAACUCUUUGGUGCUCAUUUUUUAAAACGUAUCCCACCUUAUAAAGUACAGCUUACAUUUUAUUUGUACUUUUUCUCUCUGGACGCCACAUUUUAACAGUAAAACAAUGUUUCACAUUGUUUGAAUAUAAACCUAAGCCAAAUGACAAGGAAAGCUUCUUUAUUACACAGAAACAAAUUAUAUCUGUAAAAAGCGUACUUUUUUCUUGAAAAACUCAAAAUAUGAAAAAUAAAUAUAUCAACAUGAUACCAAUGACCUAGAAUUCAGAGACGCAUUCUUCUUAGAAAUGUGUAGAAAUUUUGCCGCGUAUAUCUGCAUCGUUUCCACGUUCCCGCUGCAACUGGCCUACAUAUUGCUUAAUCUCUUUCCGCAAAUAACAUGUGUCUCUCCAUCAGUCCGGAAGUUCCGGCAUUUCUUCUCACUCAUGUCAUCCUGGACCUGCGUUGCGAUUUUGACUUCAAGAAAUGAGGUUUAUUGUUUAAAAAAUCCAAAUUAACCACUCCCCCCCCCAAUAAAA